UGCCCAAACUUUAAUCACGCAUGCGCGAAAAAUCGGAUAUCUCUCUCUUUUCAUAAUACGCACACGUUCUUCAUUAUUUUUUCCUGCAAGAUUUAUCGCUUGUCGCAUGUAAAAUUUGCAAAUCUAUAUUCUUGUAAUACGAUUUUUUAAAUCAAUUACGAUAUUCUGAAAUAUGGCAGAUUCGUUUGAUAAUUCUGUUUACGAGAACGAUACCAAAGGAAUCGAUCCCGAGAUAGCGGGGCUUCUGAUGGUCGAAAAGCAAAAAGCACAACUUAAUGCACAGAUUCACGAGUUUAACGAUAUUUGUUGGGACAAAUGCGUGGACAAACCAGGAAGUAAACUGGAUGGACGUACAGAAACUUGCAUAAACAAUUGUGUUAAUAGAUUUAUAGAUGUUUCUGUCUUUGUAACCAGUCGAUUUGGACAGUAUAUAAAUGCUUUAGAAAAAUAAAAAUUUUUUGUAAAGCAUAUUAAAAUA